UAUUUCUCGUUUCCCAGAUCACCAAAUCUCCAAUUUUUUGAAACUAAAGUUCCACAAGGCAUAUGAAGGUUUCACGAAACGGGCGAUGAAAGCCUGCGGCAGACCCGAGCGCCUGGUGCAGAUUCCAGUGCACUUCAACGAGCCCAUCUACGGGAAGAUGAACGGGCAGUUCGUGGCGUACAUGGCGCCUGGCGUUAUGAUCACAAUAAUCUUCUUCCUGGCGGCCGUGGUAACGUCAACCUUGAUGAUCGGUGACCGUUUGGAAGGAGUGUGGGAACGGAGCGCAGUCGCCGGAGUCCAGCCUAAAGAGAUGCUGCAUGUGCAUAUCGGGAUACAGGCCACCGUUAUUUUAGUACAGACCAUAGAAAUGAUGCUACUCGGCUACGUAGGUUAUGGAUUACCCACCAGAGGUUCCCUGUUCGCCUGUGGCUGCCUACUGUUCCUCCAAGGCCUCAGUGGAAUGUGCUACGGGUUCCUGCUCUCUGUAUGCUGCUCCAGCUACACCAUGUCAUUCUUCAUCGCUACUGGGAGCUUCUACCCCAUGAUCCUGCUAUGCGGAAUCGUCUGGCCCUUGGAAGGCAUGGAGAGGUACCUCCAAUACAUCGCCCUGUGCCUCCCCUUCACUAUCCCCUCGAAAUCCCUCCGUGACAUCAUGGAAAAGGGCGCCACCAUUUUGGAUACCUCCGUGUAUACUGGUUUCCUCAUAACUGUGGCCUGGAUUAUCAUUACUCUGGGCCUGUGUUUCUUAAGGCUGAAGUAUAGAAAGACGUAGUUUAUUGUGUAGUUAGUUAGUUGGGAAUUAUCAGUGUUAAUGUGAAUAUUUUACAAUAGAAAAUAAUAAUGAAAAAGUGCUCCACCAUCUUGGAAAUCUCCGUAUAAACCGGGUUUCUCAUAACCGUGGUGUGGAUUAUCAUUACUCUGGGCCUGUGUUGCCUAUGGCUAAAGUAUAAAAAGACGUAAUUUCUUGUGUAGUUAGUCGGGAGUCAUCUCAUGUGGAUAUUUUGCAGUAUUUUGAAAUCAUGUUUUAUUAAAAUCGUGGAAAUAGGCUCAAAAAUCUUGGAUACCUUGGAUCUAGGUAUAUACGGGGUUUUUCAUCAACGUAACUGGUGUCAUUACCCUCGGCCUGUGUUUCUUAAGGCUGAAGUAUAGGAAGAAGUACUUAAUUUGUGAAAAGUUGGAACUUAUAACAGUUGGAUAAAUUGAUGUACCUAUUUUGAAAUUGCGUUUUAUUAAAAAAUGUUCUGGUGAAAACCUGGUGGAGUAUGUACUCGUAGUACAAUCCAGAGGGACUACCGCGAACCACGUUUGACGUGUUGCCUCCCUGUCACACUUACGUACGAAUUCAUAAGUGCGACAGAGAGACAACACGUCGAAAGGCCUCCAGGACUUUAAUCGCAAAUAGCUUGGACAUUUAUUUAGGGACCUAGAGGUCAAUACCAUUUGAGAAAUACCUAAUAGUAAAAGUCCUUAAUCGUACAGUCGACGCACAAAUAUCUGAACACCGCCUCUAUGUCUAAGUAUUAGCGUGCAUGUUCGUUUAGAUAUUUUUGUGCACCUUGGCCGUCUUUAUACAUAUCGACUGUGUCCACGGUAUAUCGGUGUUACCUAUGAUUUGAAGUGGUAUUAAAAGAGUUAUAAUGACAUUUAAAAAAGACAGUUGUUGCGUCUAAAAGCCAUAAAAAUUGGCUAUUUUACACGGUGUAUUAUAAUAAUAUAGAUUGCCCAAUUUAAUAUGGAGGUAAAAUAGAAAUAAAUAGAUUGCUCAAUAAGGUUAAAAGAUGUAUUAUAAGUUGUGUAUUGUGUUAGGAAUAAAAUAUAAUAAAUAGGCUGUUGAUACAAUUUACUAAGCAGACGGUUUAUACAUUCAUUUUAAAUGUUACAAACCGAUAUCACAAUCUGUUAUAAAAAAAAUAGAGUUUAUAGUUUUUUAACCCUUUCAAUGCCAAGAAGUGAGCACCUUAAUGUGUCGUACCCACAAUGACAAGAACGACUAUACGCGUUAUAGCGUAGGCUGUCAAGUUACCUUCAAGUUUUUAAUUAAAUUGUAUAAUUAUUGUACCAAUGACGGUGGCGUGUGAGUGGUAUUUUUAGAUAAUAACGUUUGGUAAAGAAAGGGUUAAUAAAUAAAACUGGGUGCUGUAUGAAUUUUGUAUGUAAAUAAUAUACAGGGUGUAACCAAAAUACGAAUGAUCCAUUUAAGUGCAUAAUCAGUAAAUCGUAUUUUGAUUAGGAAAAAGUUUAAAAUAUUAACACGUAUUUUCGUUACACCUUGUAUAUUCGUAGGUAAGGGUAGUUAUUGAGCUUAAGCUCUUCGGGUAGCUUGUAUAUAGCUUUUAUGGAAUAAGUUUUAUACGGAUAUAUUUUGUAUGAAUUUGAAUAUAGUUUUUAAAUAUAAUGUUAUAAUUUUGAAAGUGUUGCACAGACAGUAUAUUACUGCCGGUGUCAUAUAUGUAUCUAUACAACUUCUUUAUCUAUUCAAUCUAUACAAUACAUUUUUUACAAAAAAAAGUACCUAUGAUUUUUUUGACAACUUGCUGGGUGGGUAAAAUAGAAAUAUUUCGUUGAUAUAUUUAAUUGUAUGAUGGGGGGGGUGGAAUCAAUAUUUGUCAAUUUUUUUGGAAGUUUAUAACGAAUGUUCUCGAGAAAUAAACCUAUAGUCUGUAUCUUUAGGUAUUUAACUAAAAGUAAACAAACAAUUUGUACUUACAUUUUCGGGUAGUUAUAACAUUGGUUAAUAACCGACCAAUUACAAAACCGCCUGAAUCAGUCACUGAACGACCUGACUUUAACCUACAUUAUUUGAUCGUGUAAUGUUUUCAUCUACCCUCAACUGGUUAACGAGGCAUUUGAGGGUAGAUUUUGUUUACUUUUAUUUAAAUACCUAAAGAUACAGAGUAUAACUAAAAAACUGAAAGACCAGGAUAAACUUUAACCCUUUGACGCGCCAUGGACACCUAAAGUCAUCAUGAGGCGUAAUUUAUAGCUGCCGAGUAAAACAAGGUGAUUGGUACAUCGUUUGCCAAAUUGAAACGGCAGAUAGGUUGAGUCAUGUGCUAUCUUCUCAUGCCUGGAAAAUCGAAAUUGGCCAUGGUUUUUUUUACUACUACGCAAGUAAAAAUUUGAAAUUUACUAUAAACUGGCAUAGAAGUGAAAAAAAAAAAUGUGCGCCAAAUUAAAAAUUUCUAGGCCUGAGAAGAUAGCAAAUCAACCUAUCUGCCGUUUUAAUUUGGCAAACGAUGUACCAAACAUCCUGUAUUAUGCUUUCAAAUAAGGAUUAUUCUGAUGAAGGUUCAUACCGAUGAUCUUGGCGUGUAAGUGACGUUGUUCGGUAUGAUGCAUGGCAUUCAAAGGGUUAAUAUUCUAGAGACCAUGGAAACAAAUUCCUAAGUGACGUAAACCCAUAUACUCUGGAAAUCCAACCUUUUCAGUAGAAAAAGGCGCGAAAUUCAAAUUUGUAUGGGGUUCGACCUUCGUGUCUACAUUUUGCAGCCGCCUUUUUUUACUGACAGCUGGCUUUUGCCAAAGUAUAUUAUGGUUUGAUGGUAUUCAUAAAUAAAUGUGUAUUUAGUUAUUACAAUGUAAAAUAUAGAAAAUUUUGUUAUUGAAAAUGUAUAGGUAGUAAAACAUACAUAUUGCCGUAAUUAUAGCAUUUUGUGAUACAAAUGUGAUUUGUGAGGGUAUUUAUGAAUAAAAAUAUUCAACUUUAA